CGUAAACAUUUCAACUAUAGGCGACACAAAACACUAGAGACGUGCCUCAUUGUAAAAUCCUAUACGUGGAUGUUGUAUUCAACGCAAUCCCAAUGUCCCAACUAUAAAUACUCUCACCUUCCUUUCUGUCUCUUUCUCCAAACAAUCUAACAAUUUCACUCUCCAUUCAAUUGAUUCAGUAAUCGGUUAUUUACUGACAAAUUAAAGAACUUAAACCCGUCAUCAAACCAGACUUAUAUCAAGAUAUAGUCUUGUAUACAUAACAUUGGAGUAUAAAGGGGAUUAAUUUGGGGGAAAUGGGUCAGGCAUUUCGUCGAGCAACUGGAAGGAUCGGAAGUUCUAACGUCGAUGCGGCAUCGUCUCAACUGAAGAAACCCAUCGACCGGACACCCCCGCCCGUGCCGGCGGCGAUUAAGACCCCUUCCGAUAAUGUUGCUCCAGUUGCCGGUAGCAGCCCAAAGGAUGCUGUUGGAGAAACCCUUGAAGAGAGAGAUCCCAAGUUUGAUGCAAUGCUUGGUCAAAUGGUUGGUAGAAUUCAAGCUAAGCCUGGUGGGAAGCUAGAGAUGGGUGAGGCAUCAGUGGUGGAGAAGUAUGAUAGAGCUUUACCUAAGCUAAGGAAUACAACAUCAGAGUCUAGCAGAUACGAGGAAAGGCCUGCUCCUCCAGGUACGUUGAAUGUGGCACAAAUAAGAGAAAUUAUACUCCUGCAUCAAGGCAGAGCUGAUGAUCAUAAAGGGUCCAUGGAUAUCAACCAGAUUGCUCAGCGGUUUCGAGUUGAUGCCGCGCAGAUUCAGAGGAUUCUUCAGUUUGUAUCAUUGCCUCCGGAGGACACAAGCAAAAAGCGGAGCACCUGAGAUGUCUAUCAUAUUUUUUAGCCAGUGAUGGAUAGUUCAAAGUAAUGAGGGAGUUGCCACUUCCCCAGAGGUGGUUUCCAUUAUGCAUCAAUUUUAUCACAAUUUUGCAGCUAUAAGUUCUUCUGUUGUAAUAAUGACCUACAAGCAUAAGCCUGGAGAAAUAUGAGUGCAGUUGCCAUGAUAUCUGUAGAAAUUGAUCCUAAUGAUAUUUAUUGUACCAGAAGAGGACCCUUUUGUUCUUCACAUUCGAGAUGCUUAAUUUUGCAGUCAGCACGAUGUUGUUCU